GCCGCCCUGUAGUUUUUCCUCGCGCAUUGACUCUACUAGCAGCACUUUCGGUUCGUGUUUGUUUUAUCUUUUCGCUGAAUUUCGUUCAUUUAUAAUUGACAGUGUGUUAUUGCCUGUUUUUUUUUAUCACCUGGAGUUUUACCGUCACUGACGGAAGUGGAGCACUCUCUGAGGGAACCAGACUUUCUCUACAAACUUGUUUUAUUUAAUUAUUUAUUCCGGUGAACCAUGGCGUGUGAAGGAAACGGCAUGUCCGAUGCCAGGAUAGGAGAGGCCCUCAUUAAAAACGUCAUAGAGGAGGAGCUGAAGGACGUGCCCUCAGAAGACAUCCCGCCACUCACCCCGCUGGCUGUCCAAGUCAAUUCUGAGCAGGAGCAGAAGAUGGUGACCCAGCUCAGCAUAAUGAUCCGUAUCAUCGGCGACAGAGUCAAAGAUGACCAGGAGUUCCAAGAUGCGAUAGACGGGGUGGCUUGUCCCUCCGAAAAUAAAUGGGAGCGCUUUAAGCAAGUGGCAAAUAAAGUGUUUGAACAGGGGAUCAGCUGGGAGAGGAUCGCGGUGCUCUUUUAUGUUGCGGGCAGGCUGGCUGUCAAGAUGGUGGAGGCUCAUCUCCCUCAGUCAGUGAGGGAGAUCCUCAGUAUGACUGUGGAGUUUUUCAAGAACAAUCUACUCGGCUGGAUUCGGGAACAUGGAGGAUGGAUCAACAGUUUCUCGGAGCUGGCGGUGGCGUCUGUGCAGAGCAUGUCAGCGAUGAGCUCACACAACUACGGCCUCUUCCUCAUCUUCUUAGCCGGGCUGGCUCUUGGAAGCGUCAUCACCUGGAGACUGACCAAAUAGCUCUGAGGCACAUGCACACACACACACACACACACACACACACACACACACACACACACACACACACACAAAUACGCACAAUCCAGACCCAGGUCCCCUUUGUGUUCAGUCCAGGCGUUUACCAAAUAGCUGGUAUUUGCCCUGACUGCAGCUUGUUUACACCUGUGUGUUUAUCAUUCAGAGGCAUCAUGUGAUGACAGCAAAGAGCCCAGAUGCUGUUGUGCCCUGAUCACACAUCACCAUGGGAUGAUCAAAACUUUGACGUGCCUCUCACAUACUUUUCUGCCUUCUCUGAAGUCAUCUAUGCAAACUGGAAAACUUGAAAUGUGUCAUAGCUCACAUUUUUUUUAUGGAUGUACUGUGUCACGUCAAACAGAUAUUCUCUUUGUAGAUUGCCACAGAGCAAGUAUAAGAGGGAAAAACCCCAAAAAUGGAAACGCGGGGUCUCAUUCAUGAAACGUAAGUGGAAUUAAUUUGUGGGUAAACUGUUUACAGAAAGGAUUAACGCGUAUUUUGGCAUUCAUCGAGAUUUUAGUAGCUCCAAUCUUCUCAUCGGUAUUACUGCCUUUGACCGUUCGUAGUGCUUGUGUAAAUGUAAAUAAGGAAUGCAUACACACACACACACACACACACACACACACACACACACACACACACACACACACAAAAUUCCAAUUCAUUUGGUGUUAAACAUGACACAAGAUUAGAAAUAAAACACAUUUAGCUGAAUUAGUUUGCAGUUAGCAGAUUUAAGCAUUAGAUUGGGUGUAGAUUUGAAAAUGGUUAUUUAAAUCAUCUUAAUACCUGUGUUUCUGAGUUUGCUGUUGGCUGCUCCAGUGCAGGUAGAGCUCUAAACUCUCACAGAUUUACCAGCAUUUCAUGAAUGAGACCCAGUUUUCUGUGUGAAGGCCCUUUCAGUUUGCAGCGGUGAUCAGGUGCUAACACGUGAUCUGUGUGCCUUUACACAGGAUGUGACCAUCCUGAUGUUAUGAAUGUUUAGCCAGCGUUCAGCAUCACCGCACAGCCCAAAUCCCAGUUUCUUGAUCAUAUUGUUACUGGCCACCAAUGUAGUCAGAUGUCUUUAUUUUGUUGAAUUUAGGUUUUGGCGUCAAGUGACCGACAUUCAUUUUUUAACGCCUACUGGCAACCUCAAUUUGAUGUCAAAUACUGACAACAGAUGACGUUUUUUGAUAUUUUUUUGUUAUGAAGAAACCAAAAUCCAAAGUCUUCCAAAUGUCUCACGCUAACGGCAUCUUGAACAAAAAUAUUUAGUUGUAAGUUUUGGAGAAUAAAACCCAAAGUCUUCAAAAUGUCAUUAUGUUAACAUCCAAAUGUGAAAUUCUGAAUUUGCUAGACAUUUAAAAUAUUUUUCAUUCCAACACAAUUUAAUAAGAGAAUACAACACCUUUUUAACGUCAUGUUGAUGUCGGGUGCAGGCGGGGUAGCCCUGGCAGCUUGUUCACGUGUUCUGUACAAAGAAGGGCACAACAAAACAGCAGUGAGACUGUGUGUCAUAGAGAAAGACAGGACAGCUUUUUAAUCGGUCUGCCAGGGAUUAAUAAACUGUGAUUCAGAUGUAAUCAAUGCAAAAGAUCUGAAAAGAGAGAACUAAACUAAACUAAACUCAUGAAAGUUGUCUACCAGUUGACCUCCAUCGUUAUAGGUUUCAUGAAUAUUCAUACACAUGAACACU